AUGGAUGUAAAUAAUCAGUAAAAUCAAGCAUGGAAAAGGUAUUAAUGAAUAUUAAAAAGGUAAUUAAAUUAUAAAAUGGUGAUAAUAGAGGGUAUUUGGGAUUAGAAUUAGCUUCAAUUGGGUAUAUUUUAAGGGAAAAUGAAUAAUAAAAAACUUAACAGAUUAGGUUUACAAAGAAAUUCAUUUGAAUAUGAAUAAAAUUUCAUUACAUUCCUUUUUUAUAGAGUGAAAGCACAUUAUAUGGAUGACAAAAUUUAAAGAGAAGGACUUCUUACUACAAAGAAAGAAGAUUAGUAUUAUUAUAAUAUUAUAUUAGAUAUAAAGGUGAAUUUUAUGAAAAUUAAAAGCGUGGUCAUGGAGAAUUUCAGACAAUAAAAGGAGAUAGGUAAAUCUUUCUAUAAUUUAGAUAUGAAGGAGAAUUUUAAAAAGAUAAAAAAUAAGGAAGAGGUACUUAUUACUUUCCUAAUGAUGAUAAUUAAUUUCAUUCCUUGUAAUUUUUAAUUUCAUCUUUUGCAUAUUAAUUCAAUUAAAAUAAUUGA